AUUGAUAUCCUCGUCGAAAGUGCCAGAUUGCCCUCGCAUGGCCGAGAGUGAAUAUAUCGCAGAUUCGCAGGAGCUGUCAGAGCUUCCAGUCUAUAGCUCAGGACACGCUGACCAACCCGAUGCUCCGCACGUCCCGCAGGAUCGUCUCCUCGAAACAGCUAGCUCUGCCUCCUUCACGACCCCGGAUCAUACAUACCAUCUAGGACCCGGAGCGUUCAUGAGCGCAGCUGGAGAGCGCACACCGCUAACCUUUGAUCUGACAUCGCCUGCUGCCCUAACGCUACCCAAUGGAGGUCAAACGGCGCCUUUGACUUCCCUGACGAGCGCCUCGACCGCGACCGUCGUCGGCACCGCUGCUCUCAACGAUUUCUCUCUGCCUUCUCUCGGUCUGCCGAUAACCUCUCCUGCUCCACAGCUUCGCGCCCGGUCCAAGACGACUGAGAUUGAACCUAACCAAGCCGGAGGGUCGCCCGCGGAGCUCACUCGGAAGAUCAGUCGACCUCUCACGGCGAGCCAAAUGCACGACUGGCAGCUAAGCGAUCCUAUGGGCAAUUUAUCUGAUGUCGAGAUCGACGAUCUCAUGACGCCGUUUCCUGCUAUCGCAGACAUGUCGAAUGACCAGCGGCCGUCUGCGACUACAACGGAGCAAGUAGCACACGCAUCGUCUGACUCGUUCAAAGUCAAAGCGAGGAAGGCCUCCAGGAGAUCCCGACCUGUGGUCAUGAGCAGUGAUUCUGAGGCCGAAAUGCCUGCAAGAUCCGAGCCGAAGCGGCAAACAAGUUCGGCGCGCAAACGCAAGCAAAAGUCACUGAGUCCAACUCCCUUGAACGCGGCCGUGACACCAGCUAGCGAAGCACAGCUACUCCUGGAGGACCAGCAGUACAAAAAGCGAGACGACUGGCAAAAGCCAGCAGGAUCGAACGGAAAGUUCGUGCGCCGCGACAAGGAAGACGCCUCAGAGCUAGGAACUGAGCCACCUGCGAUCGUGAAGGUGACUAAAGCAAACAAGACUAAACGCAAAGUCGCAGGAGCUGAGCUGCAGUCGCUCGGCAAGAAGCCUCGUUCGCGGAACGCGCGAGGCAAACAAGCCGAUGCAGCCCUUUCGGCCGAGUUCAUUGGAGACGACGAUCUUGCGGACGAUGUGAUCUCCCAGCUCGAUCCUGCCAUGCGUAUAUCCCAUGCAUCUAACGCUGAUUCGCACCAGUCGGGACGCAAGUCUUCGUUAGUGUCACGUAGCGCCGUCAGAUCGCCAACUGAUGCUCAAGCUGGGAUGGUCAAACGCGUUACAUUCUCAGAAGGUGAAGAAUCAUCGGCUCGUCAACGCGGCGAAUCUACCUCGCCGUCGAAGUCAUGCAAAGCCACAGACACGCAGACUGCGAGCUUGUCUGAGCAUGAGCGCACUCCUCAUACGAGUUCACAUGCCGAAUCCAGCUCGGUCAGCAUCCCGCGCAAACGUCAGCGCCAGUCCAGCAGACCUAUUUUAUCAGAUGAUGAAGAAAGGCCAAGGGACGCGCGGGCAAGCGUAAUGAAUGUAUCUUCGUCUUUGCGUACGUCCGAUCGCAGGCAGCAAAAGACUCAAAAGCCACAGGCUCUUUGCUCAGCGCAAUCAUCGAUGUCAUCCGGCAGCAGCGUUGGACUGGCGGCCGAGCUCGCCACAACAGUCGACGCAUCGGUUCAUAGCGCAUCACGCGACAACAAAUCAGCAGAUUUGAGCUUGGCCGCUGAGUGCGAUACUCGCGAGGACUAUCACGUCGUCGUAUCGGCUACACUAGCCACUCUGUCGGAUCAAGUCGAAUGUGGUUCAUCAGUGUCAUCACCACUGGCUGCAAAAACCAGGAAAGGCGAUCUGAUAGAGUCGACCGGUAGAGUCCGCGAGCUGACACCCGAGCCAUCUGCAUCGACAUCGCGUCUCAAUCACAGCAGCCAGCUGGAUGCCGAAGAAGAUUCAAAUACCCUCAAAAGCGGUUAUAAACUAGAUGGCAUGAGUCAGAAUCUAGUCAAGCGACAUGCGCUCAAGCCGCUCGCGCUGAAUGCCACCACGGCGUCGAAUUUGCCGGCGUCGAAUUUGCCUACAUCUAAGCAGAAAGGUCUUGCUGCAAUCCUCUCAACCAAAUCGACGGGCGUCAAAAAUCCAGGGCUCUCUCGUAACACGCGUCUGCCAGCACUUCAUCGCAACCUUAAACCGGUCGUCAAUCGAAAAGCGUUGCCGACAGCACAGCCAAAGCACAAACCUACCGAGGUUUUCUCGGACGAUGAGCCGCUGGAUCCUCGUCUGGAGCCCCAAGAAUGGUGGGGCGAAGACGAGUUUUACACUUACCAGAAACUGCUGCGCGCUAAGGGCACGACUGAAUGA